AUGCCACACUCAGUUCACCAUCGACGACGCCACUCCUGGCCAUAUUGCGGCCCUGGGACGCAGCUACGUGAACGACGAAACUUGCCGCUCAUCAUUGCUGAGCAGCAACGCCAAUUCGAACAGCAGUUCUUGACACCCGUGGGAUCUGAGGAUUUGCUCGAGGAUGAUGCCGCAUCGGCGGGUAUCGUUCGUUCCAGAACGGCCCGAACCCAUCGACGUUGGUACGCUCCGUGGGAUUCAGCUUCGUCUGGUGCCCCUUCGCAAGUCACAGGCCAUCAUGCCGGAUCGGGAUCGGGGUCCCUCCGGAAAAUGAUCCGUCCACCCCUGGAUAAGGCGCGAUCACUCUUUGUGCUGCCGACCACGACCACUACUGGAGAAAGUGUGCUCGUUUCAUACUGGAUGCCCCAGGAAGCUUCUGUUCUACCACCUUCAGAUUCGAUUGCUGAAAGAGGAAGAGUUGCUGAUGUCAAGUCCGGAGCUGGAUACCUGUCAGUUGAGCGAUAUCAUCGACGAUGCCAUUCGGAGCAGCCUCGGUCGUGGAAAAGGCCCAGCGCUGCGUUGUGGCCGCUGGAGGAGGAGCAAUAG